CUAACCAAGUGUGAAAUUAUUUUGUUUGUUUGUCUGUCGUGUGGUGUAUAUAAAUAGCCGGGUAUUUGUGAUGAACGCCAGAAAGUUAUCGCAAUUUCGCUCGCAUUCACAGCAAGAGAAACAAAAUAACGAUAAGUCUAAGAAGAAUAAUAAUAAGAAUCGCAAGAAUUGUUUAAUUAAUUGCAAAUCCAGUGAUACUAAUACUGACAACUCGUCCACCACUUCAGCCAAACCCAGCAAAUUGUAUGAGAAGUACAUUCAAUUUAAAUUGUGCUCAAAGUAGUUGAAGUUUACAAACUGUCACAAGAUUUAAUUGUCAAAUUUGAUAUAAACAUUUUUAAAAACAAGUUAAUAAUUUGGACAGAAGAGCAAACAAAAAGUUUUUAAAAUAUAAAUAUUAAAUAAAUAUGAAAAUGUCAAUGAAUAUAAACAUUUUGUGUUUAGUGAUUGUCACACUGAUGAUUGUGAGCUCUACCGGUGCCACCAAACAGUCUAAUGGUAUUGAAUGCGACCCGAAAACAAUGGACGAAACGACCAGGUGGCUAUUCUUUCUCAAUGACCCCCUACGCAAUAUACCCGAAACGGAAACCGAGCGAUCUCAAUUUUGUCUCGAGAAGAAUCAAAAAGAGCAUUACGUGAAGCAAUACGCCAAGCGGUGCCUAAAGGCGUUCCCCUAUCAGGUGACCACGUUGUUGAUGUACGGCGUGAUCCGUAAAAACAAGUACUACUGUAACUUUAAUCGGGGUAAAAAGGACAUUGUGUCGAUGGCCAAGUGUCUGAACGCUAUUAAACCACAGGCCACUCAAUGUAUGAACAAGCUCAUCGACGAGGCUAUGGUUACUGUUAACGCACCUACCAAGCUUAAAAUUGGGCUCAUUUGCUGGUAUGUUUAUAUUUAAAUACU